AUGUCCUCUCUCCAGCCAAAGAUCCCUCUCGAUGACGCAGCAGAUAUCCGAUACCUCCGCGCAAACCUCACCAAAGCCGUCCGUGACAAACUCGCUACUCACCUCCCGAAAGACAACGCGACGGAUCAUGAGGAUGCGCUACGAUCGCGAGUGGAGGAGUUAGUCGGAGAGUUUGUCGCACGAACAUUCGGGAUGGCAAAGUCGAGCGUAACGAUUAACGGCAUGGAUGCAUCGGACGACAAAACACUCGACCCAGAUACGGGCGCAGAUCAUUUUGAACCGUAUGAUCCAUCCCUACACACCCGCGUCCAAAAACUCCAAGAACAGCUCGAAGUGGAAACCCUCAAAGUCACGCAACUCCGUCGUGACGCACCCCGAAGAGCCGCCGAAGCACAACGCGCUGCACUGUCAGCUUUAGAGGCCGAGACGGAAGUCAACGGGGAUGAUGAGGUUGCGAUGGAAGAGGAUGUCACGUUGGAAGCUCUUGCGCGGGAAGAAGACGUUAAGCAUGAUUAUGAAGAGGCCAUGCAGACAUUGAAGGAGUUGAAGAAGUCUAUCCCGAUGACUACGGCGAAGUUGGAGAGAGCGAAGGAUGUCAUUGCUUAUCUCGAGAAAAAGAAGGCGCAGGCAUGA